AUGCCCCUUUUUCUCUUCUUGCAGGCUUAUAAUGCCAAAUCCAAAAGUUUUGAAGAUCCUCCAAACCACGCUCGAUCUGCCACGCAUAAAGGAAAAGGAAAGGGCAAAGGGAAAGGUAAAGGCAAAGGGAAGGCUUCAGUCAUUCAAGAAACCGCAGAGCAGCCCACGGAAUCACAGACUCCCAAAGUGCACAAAUAUCGCACACUGGACGUGUUCUCGGGCUGCGGAGGUCUUUCCGAAGGCUUCCACCAGGCAGGCAUUUCCGAGACGGAGUGGGCCAUUGAGAUGUGGGAGCCGGCAGCGCAGGCCUUCAGGCUCAACAACCCGGGCACCACCGUAUUUACUGAAGACUGCAACGUGUUGCUCAAGCUGGUUAUGUCGGGCGAGAAGACAAACUCAUUGGGGCAGAAGCUGCCACAGAAAGGCGACGUGGAGAUGCUGUGCGGGGGUCCUCCGUGUCAAGGCUUCAGCGGCAUGAAUCGCUUCAACUCACGCACGUACUCCAAGUUCAAGAACUCAUUGGUGGUCUCCUACCUCAGUUACUGUGACUACUACAGACCAAAGUUCUUCCUACUUGAGAACGUGAGGAACUUUGUGUCUUUCAAAAGCUCUAUGGUCCUUAAGUUGACUCUGCGCUGUCUCGUCAGAAUGGGAUACCAGUGCACCUUUGGAGUCUUACAGGCGGGUCAGUACGGCGUGGCCCAGACUCGCCGCAGAGCCAUCAUCCUGGCUGCAGCACCCGGAGAGAAGCUGCCCCGCUAUCCCGAGCCUUUGCACGUAUUCGCACCCAGAGCAGUCUCCCUCAGCGUGGUGGUGGACGAGAAGAAAUACGUCAGCAACGUCACACGCGGCAACGGCGGAAUUUACAGAACUAUCACGGUGCGAGACACAAUGUCCGACCUGCCCGACAUCCGCAACGGCGCCGCCGCCUUGGAGAUCUCCUACAACGGCGAGCCUCAGUCGUGGUUCCAGAGGCAGAUACGUGGCACGCAGUAUCAACCUAUCUUAAGGGAUCAUGUUUGCAAGGACAUGAGCGCUCUUGUGGAAGGCCGCAUGCGUCACAUCCCGCUGGCGCCCGGCUCGGACUGGAGAGAUCUUCCCAACAUUGAGGUGCGUCUGAAGGAUGGUACCAUGACCAAGAAGCUGCGCUACACGCACCCGGACAAGAAAAACGGACGCAGUGGCACCGGCGCCCUAAGAGGCGUAUGCACCUGUGCCGGAGGAAAGCCUUGCGAUCCGGCCGACCGGCAGUUCAACACGCUGAUCCCGUGGUGUCUGCCUCACACGGGAAACCGCCACAAUCACUGGGCGGGACUCUACGGAAGGCUCGAGUGGGAUGGAUUCUUCAGCACCACGGUCACUAACCCUGAGCCAAUGGGAAAACAGGGUCGUGUUCUGCACCCCGAGCAGCACAGAGUGGUGAGCGUGAGGGAGUGUGCUCGCUCUCAAGGUUUCCCCGACACCUACCGCUUCUUCGGAAACGUCCUGGACAAACACAGACAGGUGGGCAAUGCCGUGCCGCCACCUCUCUCCAGAGCCAUUGGAAUGGAGAUCAAGAAGUGCAUUAUUGAGAGAAUGAAGGAAGAACAGACAGAAAAUAAUAUCAAACAGGAGAAGAUGGAAAUGUCUGACUAG